UUAAGGAGCUGUUAAAAUACCCAACAAUGUUUUCUUGGAAGAAGGACAGCGCCCACAUCUCAGAUGAAGAACCAAACUUCCAUGUGCGUUAUCUGGGUCACACAGAAACGUAUGUCCCUAGCGGAAAAGGUUGUACAUUGCAGCCACUAAAGAGACUAUGGGACAGUGCACCCACUGAAAGAUCCCUCCGCCGCGUCGUAAUCAAGCUUGGAUUAAACGGUCUCUUCCUACAAGACCUGGAAAAGAAAGAGUCGAAAAAUAUCACUCGCAAUUUCGACAUGGAGAAUAUCUCGUUUUGUGCUGCUGAUAGAAGCGUCAACGACCGUUUGUUUUGCUGGAUAUACAAAAACCCGGAAACGGAAAAACUCGAAGCGCAUGCCGUUUUGUGUAACACCAGCGACAAGCCUAAGAUCAUGGUGGUCGUCUUGUCACGCGCGUUUUAUCUCGCGUACAAAGACUGGCGGGCCGAGAAAAAACGAGAGGAAAGAAGAAAAAUAUACACAUUGAGGAAUUUUUCUGGGGAGGAAAGUCCACACACAUCAGGUUCUCAUUUGCCAUCUCCGAACCAUCACAAAUCUCAAACUACGCAAAAUAAAACUGCGCGUCACUAAGAACAAUGUGCUACUUCUUUGCACUGAGAUUUUUAGCUUAAGCUAUCAAAUUUUACUGCAGUGAACUAAAAUUAUAUUUGGGUUGAAUGACGGUCAAAGCUGAUUUUUCUGACGGUG